CACUAUAAAAACCAAUUACUCCAACACUUGUUAAUCAUUCGGCUAAGCGAUUAAGCUACUAGUUUAACUCAAAACAAUGCUUCUUUCAAAAUCACCUGUAGUACUUCUAUUAGUACUCACUCUCUUUCCUCUCAUCUUUCUUCGAACAGCUUCUUCAUCAACUCUAGACAACUUCAUCAAAUGCAUUGCGACCAAUUCUGAGCUCUCCACUCCCAUCUCCGCAGCUUUUUUCACACCAAACAGCUCUUCAUUCACUCCUCUCCUCCAAUCCUCAGCUCAGAAUCUUCGUUACUUGGUCCCCUCAGCACCCAAGCCCGAGUUCAUCUUCACACCCUUGCACGAUUCUCACGUCCAGGCAUCCGUAAUAUGCUCCAAACAGCUCGGAAUACAUCUCAGAGUUCGUAGCGGAGGCCAUGACUACGAGGGCCUCUCCUACGUCUCCGAAAUCGAAACCCCUUUCAUUGUUGUCGACCUCACCAACCUCCGAGCCAUCGAUGUUGACAUAGACAGCAAUACGGCUUGGGUUCAAGCCGGUGCUACGAUAGGAGAAGUCUACUACAGAAUCUCCCAGAAGAGCAAAGUCCAUGGCUUCCCCGCCGGGCUUUGCACCAGCUUAGGCGUUGGUGGCCACAUAACUGGGGGUGCUUACGGCUCUCUCAUGAGAAAAUACGGCCUUGGGGUCGACAACGUUCUCGACGCCAAGAUCGUCGAUGUUCACGGCAAAGUUCUCGAUCGUGAGGCCAUGGGAGAAGACCUUUUCUGGGCCAUAAGAGGAGGUGGUGGAGGAAGCUUCGGAAUCAUUCUUUGGUGGAAGAUUAAGCUUGUACCGGUGCCUGAAACCGUGACAGUCUUUUCUGUUCCAAAAACGUUGGAACAAGGAGCCACUAAAGUACUCUACAAGUGGCAACAAGUCGUGGACAAACUCGACGAAGAUCUCUUCAUUAGAGUCAUAAUCCAACCCAUCGCAGUCGGUAAAAACACGACUGAGAGAACCGUAAUGACCAUUUACCAAGCCUUGUUCCUUGGAGAACCUGAAAGACUUCUCAAAAUCAUGGAACAGAGCUUCCCUGAGUUGGGUUUGACUCAAAAGGACUGUACCCAGAUGAGUUGGAUCGAAUCAGUUCUUUACAUAGCGAGUUUCCCGACUGGAACCAAACCGGAGGUUCUUCUCCAAGGAAAGUCAACGUUCAAGAACUACUUCAAAGCCAAAUCGGACUUCGUCAAAGAACCCGUACCCGAAUCCGGGUUGGAGGGUCUGUGGAAGAAGCUUUUGGAAGAAGAAAGUCCACUGACUAUCUGGACCCCAUACGGAGGACAAAUGAGCAGAGUUUCCGAGUCGGAAACGCCCUUCCCUCACCGAAACGGUACCGUUUUCAUGAUCCAGUGGCUCUCGACAUGGCAAGACGAAGAGAAGGAGACGACGGUGAAACACAUCGACUGGAUAAGGAAGCUGUAUGUGUACAUGGCGUCGUACGUUUCCAAGUUUCCAAGGGAAGCUUAUGUGAACUACAGAGAUCUUGAUAUAGGGAUCAUGAAUAAGAAGAACCAGACGAGUUCCUCAAUGGCCAGUUCGUGGGGAAAUAGGUAUUUUAAGGAUAAUUUCAACAGAUUGGUCAAUGUCAAGACUAAGUUUGACCCUGAAAACUUCUUCAGGCACGAACAGAGCAUUCCUCCUCUUUCAACCUCUGCUAGAUGAUUGUAUCUGGUUUUUCUUUUUUCUUUUCUAAAAAACAGAGGUUCUCAACAAAAAUCCUGUCUCGAAUUUUAGAAUAAUUAUCUGACUUGGAAAAUAACAAUGUAGUUUUAUAUUUUAAUGUUAGUCAUUAAUGUUGUUGAUUACGUAAUUCGAAGUUUGAGUUGUGAUUUUCAUGUACUCGAGGAGGAAUUUGAAAGAGAGUACAUGUUUUUGUGUGAGAGAUGAUGUAUGUUCAUGUUGUUCACUAAAAUAAAAGCCUUAUAAUAAAUUAAAUAAAAAUACAAACUUUGUCA